AAACAGUGCUGGUGUGGGACGACCGCAAACAGAAGGAGGUCAUAGAGUUGGAGUUCAAGAGUGCGGUGACGGGUGUGCGAUUGCGACGCGAUCGCAUUGUAGUUGCGUUGGCCAAUAAACUGUUUGUGUACACCUUCAAUCCAACACCGCAGAAACUCAAUGUGAUUGAGACAGCCGACAAUCCGAACGGCCUCAUCGCACUGUGUCCCAACACAGCCAUGUCCAUCCUCGCCUUCCCCGGCCGACAACCAGGGCAUGUGCAGCUGAUUGACUUGAGCAAUCCUAAACGAUCGCCAACAAUCAUUGCAGCGCACGAGACUGCGUUGAGCUGCCUGUCCAUCAAUAUACAAGGAGACAUGCUAGCCACUGCCAGUGAGAAGGGUACCUUGAUCAGGAUAUUCGACACACAGAUGGGCAUCAAACUCCACGAACUUAGACGCGGCGCCGAGAAAGCCCAGAUAUACUCGAUCAACUUCAACUCAGAUUCUUCGAAGCUGUGUGUGUCAAGUGAUAAAGGCACCAUUCACGUAUUCGACAUCUCCGCAUACGGCAAGAAUAAACAAUCCAGUCUGGUAUCGGCAAAGAGCUACCUACCCAAAUACUUCAGCUCCACGUGGUCGUUCGCUAAGUUUUCAGUUCCAGAAUCCCGAUGCAUCUGCGCCUUCACAGCCGACGACUGUGUCUUAGUGUUGUCGAUAGAUGGCUCGCUGUACAAAUACAGUCUUGCGCCCGACGGUGAGGCUAAAAGAGAAAGCUUCUCGAAGUUCCUGGAGUUGGAGGAUGAGAACGCGCCUGUAAUAUAAACUGUUGUGAGUUGGCAAUCCGAAGUGCAUGGCGCAAACAUACGUUUUAUGUGCGCGAAUCCGAAGAUUUGGUGUGAAGGCUAUGGACAAAAAAAUUGUAACAGUGAUGUGCAUUAUCCAGCCAACACUCGUUAGUGGACUCCGGGGCUCUACUAUGCGACUCAACAGGACCGUGACAAGCCUUACCAUGGACCAACGCAACCAACUUAUGUAAGUCUACACCAUUGAUGGUUCCGAUAUGGCUAAUCGGUGACUACCGUACUGUUUUGAUACAAGAUGGCACUAGAUAUCAGUGUGGAGUGUAUGCCAUAGAAACUGGUGGUGUAUCAUAUACACGCAUGCUGAAGGGGCUCAAACACACGCCCCAAUCCCCACAAUCACAUGCAUGUACAUUCUUUCACACUCUCAAGCGUCAGUGACACAGAUAUGGAUCAGUGUUGAAAACACACACGCCUCGAAAGUGCAUAUACGGACCAGGACACAGAUGUAUAUAUGUUCCACUAUGCAAGUCAUAAAUCGCACACGUGCUGGGUUCACUCGCGACGUUUAGCAGUAGCAGUAGCAUUGUACGUCCACCUCCGUUGCGCAAGACAUACACAACUCAGUUAUCAUACUUAUACUGACUGCGAAGCGGAGAUGCUCUUAUCGCUCAAUUGUCACCAGUCGUCAGGCUCAGAGAGUAACUCGGAAGCUUUUCAAGCAUCCAAUCUAUCACCGACCAACCGCUCCGCACAACUCUUAGCAGUUCUUGAGCUAUUUGUUUCAUCAAUGUCUCCAGUACACCCGUUCUACACUUCAGGUACUCUCUAGAAUGAGAGCAGAUUGCUGAUCGUGAUGGUCACGCUGCACGAGCUGUCAUAUUAUGUCUCAGCUUGCCAGUGCAAUUAUACAUUUCUUGAUGAAAACAAACGUAUGUAGAGGCUUUACUGCCAUCGAAGAAUUCAAACCUACGUAUAGUAACUACAGGUUACUAAAAUGUUUGGUGUGGAUGUGUUCUGAUACACACCGCAGGCACAUAUCAAAGGGAAAUUUGGUAUUACACACUAAAAAAAUUACCACGCUGCGCGUGGGAGCUAAGACAACAGAAUGUCAAUAGGUAUUUCGCAGCAAAAUAAACGCGAACACGACCAGAUAUGAAACUAA